CAGACAAAGGUCCAGCUUAUGAUUUGUUUAUCCGCAGCCAAUCAUUAUCUGCGAGUGUCAUUUGAACUGGAGGCGCUUGGGCAGCACGGAGGGCUGAGAACGCACAAGAUGUCGUCUCCUGCAUUUCCAGCUUCAAAUGAAAAUCAGAUACCAUUAACGCAGACUGUCCACCGUAAAUCUGUUGGAAGGACUGCCCUGAAGCCACUUGGUGUUCUUAACUCGAAUAGUUUAAAUAACCAGAGGCACUCUCUUGCUAAACCACCAAGCAACACAAGUCUUUUUGAUAAGGAAACUUCCCUUAUCAGCGCUGGCAUUCCUGUUAGUGUGUGGGUUGACUCUCCUUCUGAUGAUGAUGAUUCUGUGAAAAGUUCAGCAAAACAAUCUUCAUUCUCCUUGGAAAACAAAGAAUUACAAGUUAACUUUAUGGAAUACUCUACAAAUUUGAAAGCUGAUUAUCAGUCUAGCCAGCCUUGUGAAAGUGUUUUGGUUUCAGACAUGUGUUCAGAUCGGGUCCAGGAAACCGUUCUUAAAAAAUCCAAUAUUACAUUUCCUGAGGAAUACAACACGAUGGUUAGCUUAGCUUCUGAAGCGGCAGUUAUUGAGACCUCAUGCAUUGAUGGACAGCAAAUGGUUUCUGCACACCAAUCGGGUCAGACUACCUUUAUUGUUUGCAGUAACGCAGUAGCAGCAACUCUUCUGGAGACAUCAACAGAUCUUUUUAGAAAAUCAUCUUUAAAUAAAGAUAACUCAAGCUUUAGUGAUUGUGCUGUAUUGACUUCAGUGGUUGAAGAGUGUUCCCUGGUUACUGAUAUCGGCUUUAUAUCUGACUUUAACAAUUUAUCUGCAUACAAUACUUAUGAAAUAAAUCAGAAUUUUGAUGGCGAAUCUGACGUUUGCCACUUGCCUUUAUCUGGGGAGAUGUUGGCUUUGACUCAAAAAGUUGAGAACUGGGGAAUUUUUGAGACGGAGGAUGAAAAAAGCAACUGUUCUAGACAUGAUGUCCAUGCUAAGGUGUUGCCUUCAUCUUUGCUAGGUGAUGCAAUAAAUGAAGAUAAAAGCAAGCAAAUUGCGGAUGCCUCAUCAACCUUUUUGGAUUCUGCGAUGGUGCUGGACAAGCUUGAUAGUAUUGUUGGCCAUGCUAUUUUAAGUGAUGAAUGUUCUCUGCCUUUCAUUAUGACUCGCCCAGUAAAAACAAUAACCACGGAUGAUGAAUUUUCUUCAUGCAGUAUUGAAAAUACUACAGAGAGCGGCUUGGAUAUGAGAGAAUCUACUGAUAAAAGUUUUUUUCCUAUCGGAGGGAGUACACCGCAUUCUAAACGAACAGAACGUGAUUCCACCAAAGUAACAAAUACAGAGUGGCUGAGACCCAGCUCUAGUUUACAUCAAACAGGUCAUUCGAGCUCGGCUUUUGAUCCACAAAGGAGUGAGGAGUUUGCCACAUCAGCUAAUUGUACUAACUGCCCUACUCCAGUUAUUCCGCCUCACUCUAAGCCUCAUGUCUUAUCACCUAAUAGGAGUGUUUGUAACAACAUUUUUCCUGAGGUAUUGGCCUCUCUUCAUGAAGUUGGCACAGCUAUGACACCAAUAUCAACAUCUGAAGAAAUUACAUGGACUACCCCUGUAAUGCUUCUCAACAAAAGCAUGAACACCUCUUGGAACUUGAAGGGGAAGGGAGUGACAAGUGCAAAAGACAAUGCCUCUGAGACAGAUUAUGUGCUUUGGAAUUUUUCUAAGGAGACCUUUUGCCAAGCAUCUCGGGAAGAACUAAUACAUCGCCUAGAAGGAACUUUAAUUGUUGUUGAAGUGCUUUCCCGUCAACUCCAAGACUGGCAACAACAGACGGUCACAUCUAAACCAUCUGAACAGAGAGAUGUCUCCACGCAGACAUGUGUAAUGUAUGACGGUGAAGGGGAACGUUAUUACAGAAAUUUAUAUUUCCAAGUACUGAGUAGAGAGCAGUCAUUGCAAUACUCCCAUGAGGAUGAAAAGCGCUUACAAGAAGUUUUCCAAGAAGCCACUAAAUCCUUGGCAUCGUACGAAAGUGAAGCUGUUUCAAUGGUUGCGUUUGCUGAGAACCUGUAUGAGACGGUACAGAAGGACAGAGUUGACUGGAAUCAGAAAGUAAGCUGCACUCGUUCUCUACUUGAGGAUUACAUGACAUCUCUGUCUAAAAUGAGAAAGAAGAUGGAAAACAAUGAACUUGAAAAAGAGAAAAUGAAAGCUUGUAUGGAGGAGGCCCAACUUGCAAAAACAGCGGCAGAUCAGUGUCUGGAGGAUCUUGAAAUUCACUCUUCAGCUGUCAUUGCUCAGCUUCGCAGGGAUCUAGAAUCUGAGAGGAAAAUGGGUGAGGCUGUCAGAGAAGCGAAUGAACAGCAGUCUUCUUACAAUGAAGAGCUAGUAGAAUUCGUUCACAGAGCUCAUUCUGUUUCAUCUGAAGUGGAAGAUGACCGAACCCAGCUCUUGAUUCAGUGUUCUCAGGCCAGGGAGCUGAUGUCUCGACACAGGCAGCAAUUUAGGAUUAUGAAGGCGAAAACUCAGUCAGCUCUAGAGAAGUAUGACGGUAUUAUGAAUGAAAGGGACCAUGCCAUUUUGGAAAAAGAAGAGAUGUCCAUUUACCUGGCUGACCUGAAGUCUUUGAAUGAACAAACGAAAUUGGAAAACUCUCGUCUGGGUUCAGAGCUAGAAUCUCUAAUGGAGCGUUUGUGUAUUAUGGAGUCAGAAAUUAAUAAAUGGAGGGAGGACAAUUCUGAGCUGGCAGAACAACUGUCUGCUAGAGACUCAUCUAUGAUGCUUCUAGAGAAAGAGCUUAACGAGGCAACUGCAAGAGGCCAGUCAUAUCAACAUCGUAUCAAGUAUCUGUCUGCGGAGGUUGUGCCCAGCUUGGAUUAUAAAUUGUCAGAGGUUUCCAGCCAGAAUCGGGUCCUACAGGCAGAGCUACAGGCUCUAAAAAUGGAAUAUGCUUCAAAAAUGGCCUACUAUACAGAAAGCCUGGAGUUUCUUGAACAAGAGAAUCGUGUUUGUCAAGAGCAAAUAACAGAGACCGAAGCUCAGCGAAAAAUCGAUCAUCUUAGCUUGCUAGAGCGAAACUAUCAGUGUGAGAAUCUGAAGGAUAUUAUCAAAAAGCUGGAGGAAGAUGUCAAUGAACUGAGGCGGAAUUUGGCAGAUGCAGAAAAUGAAGCUCAGAAUAUGAAGGCAAAUGCAGUCAAAGAAAUGGCUAAGUCCUCCUAUGAAGUCUCAAAAAUCACAGCACCUCUCCUAGAUGUAAUAAGAAAUCUGAAGGAAAGCUCCCGGGGAGAGGUAGAAGUUAAUGCCUAUGGACCGCCUACACCAGGUGGGAGUCUUGCACACAUCAACACUUUGACAGAAGAAUCUUUUCAGACGACAAUCUUGAACACAACAGGUGAUGAAGAUCCAAAAGCAGAGCAUAUUUGGAGUGAAAUGAGUGCCUUCACAGUUGUAAAGCCAGUGGCUUCACCAUCUGCAAGCACUCCAGUGAUAAAUUUGGCAGACCUGUUACUUGAACUGAGCAGUGUUGUGUCAGACGUUGUCAUCGUAUCAUCACGUGCCAUGGACACAAAACAAGAUUUCAUCAGAAGUUUGAAGAUGGAAAUCACCUCUUUGAAGGAAGAGCUGCAGAAUCAAAGCUACCAGAAUAUGUGUGAUGUGCGUGAUCUGCAGGAUAAGAUUGAAAAGCUAAGAAAAAUGAAUGGUGUCCUUGAGGAGAAAAUAACCAGUAAGGAAAAGCAUAUCGGAAAGCUUCAGGAGGUGGUCCAUCAGUAUGAACAGAAGAGAAUUCAGCAUAUUUCCAAAAUGAACGAGAUGGAGGAUGUCAUUCAGGAAAACUCCAAGUUAAAACUUUUAUUAAAGCAGUGUGAAAGUGAAGUUGAAGUCCUCAAAAGAAUACUGGCCCAAAAUCUCUCAGACAUGGAAAUCGGCUGGGUUGAGGAGAAGCUGAUGAUGCACAAAGAUUUAACUGCACUGAAUAUAAAACUUAAUGAUGUAGAAUAUUCAAAUUCCUUAGAUGUCCAGAGACUACUCAGACAUAGGGAUAUUUUGGAAGAAAAUUUCGCUCGCUCAGAGGCAGAAGUAAAGAAGCUUGAUGACAUUAUUGAAAAAAUAAGAGAGGCUUUUCAUUCUGUACCAGACAUUGUAAACCAAUGCACCACUCUGAGACAGUUAAAGGAGUUUCUUGACUAGAACAUCAUCGAAUUUUUAAUACUGCAAGAAAAAUGUAAUGUUAAACAUUUAAAAAUAUGUACAUUUGUUUAUAUUGUCAAAUGUUUGUAAAGUUGUGCUUUAAAUAUUAAAUAAAAGAAUUUGAGCUGUGAAU